UCCCGCCCAAAUUUCCUUCGGCCCCUUGCUGGCCCUUCGUCUAUUGCAUCUAAUUCUCUCACUAGCCCUCCUCCUCUCCUUCUUAUUGCUCUUCGCUCUCCCACUUCCAGCCGACCUUACCAGCUCGACGCGGAGAGAAACCCUAACCCUAGGUGACUUAGCAGUUUCGAAGAUGAAAGGUGGAAAAUCCAAGGCCAACACAUCGAAGAAGACGGAUAGCAAGCUGGCUGUGAAGAAGGGCGUAGAGAAGAAACCGAAGGGAGGAGCGAAAGGGAAGGGCGGAAAGGAUCCCAACAAGCCGAAGCGCCCGCCUAGCGCCUUCUUUGUCUUCAUGGAGCAGUUCAGGAAGGAGUUCAAGGAGAAGAACCCUAACAACAAGCAGGUUUCUGUGGUUGGAAAAGCUGGAGGUGAUAAGUGGAAAUCGUUGUCUAAUUCUGAGAAAGCUCCUUACGUUGCUAAGGCCGAAAAGCUGAAAGCGGAGUAUCAGAAAAAGCUGAAGGCUUAUGACGCUGGGGAGGAGACAAAGAAAGAUUUGGCUCAUGAGGAGUCUUCCGAUAAGUCAAAGUCCGAAGUUAGUGAUGAAGAAGAAGGAAGUGAGGAGGAUGAAGAUGAAGAGGAUGAUGAUUGAACUAAAAGGUUUAUAAUCAAUAACAAGAAAUUGACGAGAUGGUGGCAAUCUUCGUCUGUUGGUAAUCUUUUGGCACUCAAAAGUGGCCACUAUCGAUGCGUUGGUGCAGGGCUUCACAUGAACACAUGUUUCUUGUUUUACCUUAUUUUCCCUUUUUCUUCCCCGUGAGCUAGGUCAUAGUAUAUGAUUCUCCGUUUGUUUUAAGAAGCUCUGCUUAAUUCCUUGUAUCUAACGUUAAACUCUCUUUUUGUUAUUAGUAGAAGUGGUUUCCUUUUA